AUGGGGACGGAAGCCUCCGCCUCAACAGAACACUUCACUAAGAUAAAAGGCACUGAUGUGAUCCAGGAAAAGGCCAAAGAAAACGAUGUAGACAAGGUGUCUAAGCUAAAGGAGAGGCAGAGUAGCUGUGGCCUUGAGGUGGACUGUUCCUAUGGAGUCCUUCAAGCCAAGAUUGUAGAAGGAGAGUUGGAAUUGGCUUCCUCAAACGAAGAAAAUGAGAAGCACAUCCUUACGUUGCAAACUGUGCAUUUUGCCACGGAUGAAGUAGACCACCAGGAGAUGAGCCAGAUGACCGUGCAGCCAGCAGAAGGGAUGCAUGUCAUGGUGCAGCAGGGAGAAAGUGGUCUACAAUCCUUGCUAGUGUUGCAGCAAGACAUAAACGUCCAGACAGAGUUAAAUGAGAUACCCCACCAGAAUCUGCACCAGUGUGUUGCAAUAAGCAUUCAGGAAGAGGUCUUUUCACUUCAUGAAAUGGAGGUAGUGGAGAUUAAUGUUGUGGAAGAGAGUGUUGAAGUUUCCAGUGAAGAAGAUAAAUUGACAGUUAACCCACCAUUAGAUGAAAACACAGAGCUGAUUAAGGAUAAAGACAAAGAUAUAUACAGGGCUGAAGAGGAGGUCGAACAGCUAUGUGAAGAAAGAGAAUUUACUGACCAAAAGGAAGAGAUAUUUACUUUUGACAGACUUGGAGAGGGAGAAAAGGAAGAAAUCAUUCUGUUACCAGGUGACUCAGAAAUUGAAGAAUAUGAAGAUAUAACUUUAUCAGAACAAGAUAUUGAUGAGGUUUCUGGAACUGCAAAAAAUCAAGCAAAGACAAAGGGAAUGAAACGGACCUUCCAAUGUGAAAUCUGCAUAUUCACCUCUUCUAGAAUCUCAAGUUUUAAUCGUCAUAUGAAAACUCACUCUGAAGAAAGGCCUCAUAUGUGUCAUCUCUGUCUGAAAGCCUUCCGUACUGUUACCCUUCUGCGGAAUCAUGUGAAUACACAUACAGGAACCAGACCAUAUAAAUGCAGUGACUGUGAUAUGGCAUUCGUGACUAGUGGUGAACUUGUGCGACACAGACGUUAUAAACAUACUCAUGAGAAACCAUUUAAAUGUUCGAUGUGCAAAUAUGCUAGUGUAGAAGCAAGUAAAUUGAAGCGCCACAUACGUUCACAUACUGGAGAACGUCCUUUUCACUGUUGUCUCUGUAGCUAUGCUAGCAAAGAUACCUACAAGCUGAAAAGACACAUGAGAACUCAUUCAGGUGAAAAACCUUAUGAAUGCCAUGUCUGCCAUGCCAGAUUCACCCAGAGUGGAACCAUGAAAAUACAUAUACUACAGAAGCAUAGUGAAAAUGUCCCCAAACAUCAGUGUCCACAUUGUGCUACAGUCAUUGCAAGAAAAAGUGACCUACGUGUCCACUUGCGAAACCUACAUUCCUAUAAGGCUACAGAGAUGAAAUGCCGUUACUGUACUGCUGUAUUUCACGAACGCUAUGCUCUCAUUCAGCACCAGAAAACUCAUAGAAAUGAAAAAAGGUUCAAAUGUGAUGACUGCAGUUAUGCCUGCAAACAGGAGCGGCACAUGACAGUACAUAAACGUACCCACACAGGAGAGAAACCAUUUACCUGCCUUUCCUGCAAUAAAUGUUUCCGGCAGAAACAACUUUUAAAUGUUCAUUUCAAGAAAUACCAUGAUAAAAAUUUCAUACCAACUGUUUAUGAAUGCCCCAAGUGUGGCAAAGGCUUUUCACGAUGGAAUAAUAUGCGCAAACAUUCAGAGAAUUGUGAAUUGUUAAGAGGAAAGGCUGUUCAGUCAGCAAAAGGAAGAAAAAAUAAGAAGAAAAAACAGAAGGGCCCAAAGGAAGAAGUUAAAAAAAUUGUUGAGCAGAUGCCAAUUGAAGAUAUUUCCAUUGUAAACAUAGAGCAUCAUACAAAUGAAAUUGUUCCUAUCAUUUUUGAAAUAGCAACAGAUGUUGCUGAAGAACCAAAACCAGAAGUGACUUGUGAAAUGAUCCUCAACAUGAUGGAUAAGUGA